UGCCCCGCCUGGCGGUUUUCCAAGCGGUGCCAUCGCGACGUUGUGACAGUCAAUAUGAGUUCGACAGAAUCGUCGACCCGGCGCGACGAACGGCCACUUUUCCGCGCGAUUUUUACGAUCGGAGGGAAGUUGAACCGGUUGAACCGGUCUAAUCGCUCGCCUUUCACUUGAGGUCUCGCAACGCGGAAUUCCUAUCGCGUGUUAUCGCGCGUAUCGACCCCCUGCGGAUCGUCUUUCGUGAUGGCUGUUUAUCUAAACAACGCGGUCCUAUUAUCGCGGACGUGCGUGUCGGGGAUUGCACAAGCCUCCUGCUAUGGCUCGAACCGCUCGUCGGCGUGCGUAACUCUCAUUCGACCACGGCACACGCUACCACGUGCUUCAGAACACCGAGCGAGUCCGAUGAAGCGGCAAGAGCAGCAGCAAGCCAUGUUCUCCUGGAGGAACAUCUUCUCCGUCGUCUCGCAGAGAUUCGCGAGGAAGCUGCACUUGUCGAAGACUCGGCAAGAAGCAGUGAUAAUAGACGGGAAGAAAAUAGCGGAGGAGAUUCAGGAUGAAUUGAAGGCCGUCGUGUAUACGUGCAUAAGUGCUGGAAAGAAGAGGCCAAAGUUGGUGGCAAUACUAGUAGGCAAUCAUCCGUCUAGCAAGGCCUACAUCGGCAGGAAAAUGCAAGCGGCGAAAGCGAUAGGAAUCGAGAGUUAUACCAUCCAUCUGGGAGAAAGCAUAUCGCAAGCGGAGCUGCUCAAGGAAAUCGACACUUUGAACAAGGAUCCUUCGGUCGACGGUGUUCUGGUUCAGUUACCAUUGCCAAAGGGGAUGAACGAGAGGGAAGUGUGUCAGGCGAUAACCCCCAAAAAAGACGUCGAUGGUUUUCAUCUGCAGAAUCUCGGGAAUCUGACGCUGGACAAUAGCAGUAUCGUGCCAGCCACUGCCCUGGCUGUCAAAGAAUUGGUCCUCAGGAGCAAGAUCGAGACUUUCGGCAAGAACGCCGUGGUCGUGGGUAGAUCGAAACAUGUUGGACUGCCUAUCGCGCUAUUGCUUCACGCUGAUGGCAAAGGCGAAACGGGCGCGCUCGACAUGACGACGACGAUCUGCCAUCGUCACACACCUCACACGGAGCUGGAAAAGUUCACGAAAUUGGCGGAUCUGGUCGUCGUAGCCGCCGGGGUUCCCGGCCUCAUCACCAAGGAGAUGAUAAAACCCGGCGCUUGCGUGAUCGACGUGGGAAUCACCAGAGUAAAGACGGCCGACGGCAAGUAUCGUCUGGUGGGUGACGUGGAUUAUGACAACGUAAAGGAGGUCGCCGGACACAUCACGCCGGUACCUGGCGGCGUGGGCCCCAUGACGGUCGCGAUGCUGAUGAAGAACACGGUCACCGCUGCCAUGAGCAACCAGGAAGACGUGAAGCAGUCUGAUCAGUUAGAAGAAGAUAGCAAAGCAUUUGUCUAUUGAUACCAGCGGCCUGAUCGAUCCGAUAGGAAAAUUUCUGCACGAUAGAUGUUUUCGUGUACUUGCACGCGAAGAAAGUAUUAUUCCGAGAAAGUUGUACAAAGCCGUUUUCAUUAAUUUAUGUAGCAUUCAGAACAUAUUUUAGAAUAUUGCGUAACAACUGGCCAUGUGAAUAAUUAGCAAUUUGAUAUGAAGGUAUCGGAGACAACAUUAUUAGGACAAAAUUAUCAGGUGUUCCUCUGGAGAGAGAGAUGCGCUUUAUUACGGUUUUUCUCUAUCUGAAAUGAGAACUGCUUGAACUGCUUAUGCUUUGUGCUUGAAAAGGAUUUUACUUAUCUUUCCAUUAAGAUAAAGGAAACAAAAACAAGCGGCGAAGGACGUGCUUUAGCGAUAAAUAUUGAUUCGUUCUAAAGCUAUUCAUUUUUAGUGUUCUGUUUUGUACGAUACAUGAGAUGAAUUGUCACUUGUAACGUCUCCUGACGUUUGACUUGUUGCUACACAGCAAUUUUAAUGUAGAAUAUUUAGCUUGCAUAAAUUUCGAUAUUCAUUGAGUUAUUAAUAAUUUCAGUUCAAUCAAGUUAUAAAUGAUAGAACUUGAUAGCUUCACAAAAAUUAUGAUUUUUUUCUGAUUUUGUGUACUAUUGAAGUUAUAUUAGCAAUCUUUAAGAAAAACCAAUUGUUUACGAGAUUUUAUGUAUCACACUGACUUUUAAAUUCGAAACUUUAGUUAACUUAAAAUUCGUGGAAGAUGAUUUUUGUCACAAGUGCCUCUUCUUAACAUUGUUAAUAAUAAAAAUAAAUAUAUCUUAUAUAAAAAUAAA